AAGUUUUUUAGUUAGGCAAAGGUCGUAGACCAAUCUUAAUUUCUACUUUUUAAACGGUCAUACUGUAUUUUUCCAUUUUUCCUUAUUUUUACAUUUGUCUAUGAUUUUCUACAGCUGAUUUUGACGGUUCUACCAAAAUUAGGAUUGAGGUUAUAAUUUUGUUUAUUUUGCUAUUAUUAAAUAAAAUAUUUCAAAUUAAUACUUCUAAGUAUUACACUGUAAAUUAAUAUGUAUUAAAUUAACAACAGUUGGUUCGAAAUGGCUCUGUAUAGAGGUUUAAACACCUGUACUUUGCGAAGUCAUCGUAGCUACAGUAUUUUGUGUAAAACAUACGAUUCCUGUUCGUCAAAGAAAUAUCCUCAAGCCAAUGAAGUGCCGAAGCGACUAUUAUUCUGGGAACGAGAUAGAAAGGGUGGUUACGAUACCAAAGAAAAGGUUUCAACCCUCCAACAUAUUAGGAAAGGUUUAACAGAAGUUAAAUCAGAAUUCAAGUUGCUCGCAGAAGAAGCUAAGGAAUUUCUGGCCUCAGACCCUUUACUUAUAGCUAGACCAGGUGAGACAGACUUAUUGUGGUGUUUCAACGAGCCCAGUGUCCUGGAGCAGUUUGUGACCACAAGCGACAGUGAUCACAACGAAGGGUACAGUUCCUGCGGCUUGGACAUGAGCCCCGCCGGCAGAGCGCUGUUCCACGGCUACCUGGACACCAGGGUGCCGAAGGAUGGACGGAUCAAAAGGGCUGGCUAUUGCGCUAUGAGAUCACAACGGAUAAGGAAAGCUUUCAAACGUGAGGCAACUUAUAACUGGAACCUAUACAACACAUUGGUGCUGAAAGUGCGCGGUGACGGCCGCUCCUACCUCCUCAACAUAUCCUGUGAGGGCUACUACGAUAUCACGUGGAACGACAUUUACCAUUACGUGCUCUAUACUAGAGGAGGACCUUAUUGGCAAAUCGCAAAGAUUCCAUUCUCAAAGUUUAUUUUAGGGUCGAAGGGUAGAAUACAGGACAAACAGACGAGGAUGCGCCUCGACAGAGUCACGCAUUUCGGCAUCACCUGCGGCGAUAAGAUCAACGGCGUUUUCAAUCUAGAACUAGAGUAUAUUGGUUUGGAAUUUGACCCUACACAUGACGAAGAUUUCGCCUAUGAAAUGUACAAAACGGACAGAUACAUAGUUGGAGUGUAAUUAUAUUUUUAAUUUUAAUGCUUAGUAAAUAAAUAAUUACAGUACAA